UCGGACGGCGGCUUCGACCGAUAGGCUAGCUUAUCUUCUUCUUUCUCUGGCUGUAAUUCCCCUUCCUCCUCUGAGCUUGUAAUCGAAUCCAUGACGAAUUGACUGAAUUAGUAGAGAGAGCCUCACAAUUGAUAUCAGAGCCGUUCGAUUCUGUCUCAAAAAUACACCCAAUUUUUUUUCUCAAUCCAUUCCAUGGAGUCACGACAGCGAACGGAGCUCCUGGCGAGCCUCUCGCCGGAGAGUCGGGCGACCUAUGAGAUUCUCAGGGCCCAGCUAGUCUGCGAUCUGGACUGGAGUUUCGCCGAGUCCAAUGCGAGGCUGCAGAAGGCCAUGGCCGCCACUGCUCCGACGACACCCGCUGCGAGUGAGGCCCCCACCACCAAUUGGGCUGCGACCGCCGUGCUAGCAGCGUCGACCGCGAACACCUCCACACCGGCCAUGGUCUCCGCUCCAUCCGUGGCGGCACCGGACUCUACAUCGCCCCGAGUCCAAGCUGUGACCGCGACUGCCCCGACAGCACCUGCUGUCAGCGUUGACCUCAGCCUCAAGCGCAACAUCGACCACCUCGUCGGCGGUUCCACGACACCAGCCUCGAAUCCUUCGGAUGUCAUCACCGCGGCCACCCCAACACCUACGCGCAACACCUCGUCCACGGCCUGUUGGGUCGCGGCCUCCGUGGGCGCAGCGACGGCGUCGGCCCCGUCCACCAUGGGCCUCGGCCACAAUUCCGACCGCGAAGACCCUACGGCCGAGUCCAUGUCUACGGGGACUAUGCAUACAUCCAUCGGCUCGUCUUCGGAAGACUCGCCAAGUCCGGCCCUCGAACCAUGGAUCGUCCUCGAGCAAGUCAGGAUGCCGCCCCUCACCUGUUCGGUUGAAUGCUCUGCAAGCAACAUCCGCCCUUCAUCUCCUGCGUUCUCUACUACUUGUGCCACGCCGCGUGUACUAGAGCCAGCAGCAACAUCAACGCUCAGUCUGGAGCUCACGGUGCAGGCCCAGGUGCAGCCAUCGAUCGUUUCCACCGUCCCUGUGCAUGAGGACACACUUGACACUGAUGACACUUAUGGCAUGGAGGUGUUCAUGGCCAUGGAGGACAUGCCUCUGACCACUUCAGCACCGUUAGAGGGCUUGCCCACCCACUCCAUGCAGUUGUUCAUCGACCGCGGUUUUCACACAUCAGCACCCACAAGGCGUUCGACAAAAAGCUUCAGCGACAACACAGAAGUAAUCAUACUUGUGCACACACUAGAUAUGACUUCACGCAUCAAGCAACAAGGGCAGACAUUCCGCCUAGCACCCUGGUCACCAUCCGAGGACAAGGCUCUAGUAUCAAUUCACUUUAUGUUAGCUGAGCUGGAAUCAUCUUCAGUAAGUACUCUGCUGAAUCUGGACAAUGUGGUUGUUGUACCAAGGGAGGAACAAGGGAACUAGUUGAGUUUAUGAGGAUAUUAGCGCUUGAACAAUUUUUGAGCAAGUUGGAGUUCACGGAGAGUGGAGAUUAUAUAGUGCAAUCAGCCGUUGAGGCUAUGGAAUUGCAAUCAAUCUGCUCUCUGUAUACUACUGAAGCCAUGGAUUUCUUGGUAAUGUUUCUCUCUGAAAGAACUUUUCAGCUUGCCACAAUAUAUGUACUGGUGUUGCACAGCAGUGGUAGACACACUUCAUUAUCCCCAGCUAUUUUCCUCGAUGCGCCUAAGCAUUUUCCGUGGAUCGUUGCUUUGUUUACAUGUGCUUUCUAUCCUUGUUCAAGCAUGCUUGAUGCUCAGGAAACAUCUGAUCAUGGACAGAAGAAUUCUUGCAGUUGGUGGUGGUCUGACCAUGAGAGGUUUCCUUGUCCUAUAGUUAAAGUUGAUCACACUACGAGAUGGUGCUCUGUUGAACUGAAAUCUUGGUCUUCUGGGCUUAUGCUGAAGAUUGCAUCAUUCUUAUUAAAGGAACCUUACUAUUUGUGUCCUGGAGAUAACAUGCUAGAAGGUCACAUUAUCAGUGCAAGAAUUACUAGUGCCUUGUUUGCCGUGAAGGAGUUCCAUGGAGAUGAAUAUUUCUGGUUCCUUGGGUUCUCUUGUUCUGGUUUGAUCUUGUUGGAUCUUGGGCACUUCGACUGGCAAAUCGCCUAGCGACCUUGGCUCCAAGAUUUAGUUCAUGUCUCCAGCCAUAGCAAACGCUUUAGUACAGUCCAAGUUUACAUGUUCACUGACUCCUCCUUGGUUUUGUGGCUUCCUUGUGUGGCUGAGCUCCUCGGCCAUAAUUCUGAACCUUCCAUUCUUAUUGGCCAUAAGUGGAAAUUGUUGCAAGCCUUUCGGUUGCAAUCGUGUGCCUGCUGUUUUCCCUUGGAGGUUGAGAAGUUAGGGAGAUAUUUAAUUUCCCUAAUAGAACAGAAGCUUUGGCCUUCCCGGGAGUUUUCCUUAUGGAUUCCAACUUGGUGUUACAGCAGCAACAACCACUUUCCUCGGCCAGCAGAAAAUGUUAUGUGCAUGGAUGGAUUUGCUAAAUCCUUGGAGCUGUUGUUUACUCAAGCAGAUAUGCAUUGCAAUUGCGAACAAGUUUUUCAUCAGACUCGGGAUCCAAGUGAGGCGGCUCCUGAUUGGGUUAAUUCUGUUGCUGUCAGAUCCUUCGGUGUUGCCACAGUCAACGAGUUCAUACAUGUUCCAGCAGAUAAACUGUAUUAGUGCAUUGUCCAAAUGUUACAACUGCAAUGGGACCUAGGUGAUUGCUUUAUUUCAGUUUGGCGACAUGAAAAACUUGCAAGCACACAUGAUGUUUGCCAGGGUCCUGGUAUUUCUACCCUUCAGGCGACAUGUGAUCCGGGACGUUCGACACAGUAUCAGUUUGCAGACAAGGCUGAAUAUUGGGUUCAGGAAUUUUGCGAACUCCAUGGGAUCCCGGUGGCACUAUGCAACAUCGACUUGGGGGCAAGUCGAAUCUUAUGGGGAGGGAUUGUCAGCAACCCGUGUUGGGCUGGAUAGUGGGCCUUCACCUUGGGCCUGGCCUGCCCUGCCGGUAGCAAGGAGAAGCCCUACAAAUAGCAGGAAGAGGGAAACAGAACGGGGCUUGGCUUGGAUCAGACGGCGGCUUCGACCGAUAGGCUAGCUUAUCUUCUUCUUCCUCUGGCUGUAAUUCCCCUUCCUCCUCUGAGCUUGUAAUCGAAUCCAUGGCGAAUUGAUUGAAUUAGUAGA